UGAUUCUCGCAAACAGACCCCAGCAACCAGUUCAAUUCUAUUCCUUGUGCCGUUUAGUCAUACUUUUGAUCUCCGUGAAAAGUUCUGCGUAAUUGUCUCUAAUUCCAAAAGAUUUAUUCUGCAAUAUUGUGUAAAUCAUGGCGAGCCUUAGGUACAUUAGAAGAUUUGCAGUUGCAAAACGUCUUGGUCUAGCAUACCAAUCCACCAAUGUGAAGCCCAGUGAGACGGGAAAACUCACAUCUCAGGCUGUUUUUGAUCGUGAGGACAAAUACGGGGCGCAUAACUAUCAUCCACUCCCGGUGGCCUUGUCCAGGGGCCAAGGUGUUCAUGUGUGGGAUGUCGAGGGUAAGAGAUAUUAUGAUUUUCUCAGCGCUUAUUCUGCGGUCAAUCAAGGUCAUAGCCACCCAAAGAUCAUUCAAGCCCUCGUAGAGCAGGCUCAGGUGCUCUCAUUGACUUCCCGGGCUUUCUAUUCGGACGUUCUGGGAGAGUAUGAAGAGUAUGUUACGAAUCUGUUUGGCUAUGAUAAAGUCCUACCCAUGAACACUGGGGUUGAAGGGGGUGAAACAGCCUGCAAAUUGGCCAGAAGAUGGGGCUACAGCGUCAAGAAGAUCCCCGAAAAUAAGGCUAAGAUUGUCUUUGCUGAGGGUAACUUUUGGGGACGCACCAUGUCAGCCAUUUCUGCCUCAACAGAUCCGGACAGUUUCAAAGGAUUCGGACCCUAUAUGCCUGGCUUCGAUAUCGUCCCCUACAACGAUCUCUCCACUUUGUCCGAAAAACUCCAAGAUCCCAAUGUGGCGGCCUUUAUGGUGGAACCAAUUCAGGGUGAAGCUGGAGUUGUUGUUCCCGAUGAGGGGUAUCUCAAGGGAGUCCGGAAGAUCUGUUCUGACAACAAUGUACUGUUUAUUGCGGAUGAAGUUCAAACUGGUCUCGCUAGAACUGGAAAAAUGUUAGCUGUUGAACAUGAAAAUGUUCGUCCGGAUAUUUUGAUUCUGGGCAAAGCUCUGUCCGGAGGAUUGUAUCCUGUUUCUGCUGUCCUGGCCGAUGAUGAAGUUAUGCUGACUAUCAAACCCGGAGAGCACGGUUCCACAUACGGAGGCAAUCCACUUGGAUGCAAAGUAGCCAUGUCGGCUCUUCAGGUUCUCCUGGAAGAGAAUCUAGCUGAAAAUGCGGCAGUGUUAGGCCAGCGACUCCGCGAUGGCCUUAGUGUUUUGCCCAAAGAUGUCGUUAGCAUUGUCCGUGGAAAAGGUCUCCUCAAUGCCAUUGUAAUCAAUAAGAAAUUCAACGCCUGGGAUGUUUGUGUUAGACUCCGGGACAAUGGACUCCUGGCCAAGCCUACUCAUGGGGAUAUCAUCCGUUUUGCUCCUCCCCUGGUUAUUACCCAGGAACAAAUUGAUGAGUGUGUGGAAAUCAUCAAGAAAACGGUACUCUCAUUUGCCUAAGUAAAAAAUAGCAUCUGGGUCUUAGCUCCCGGGAACUGUAUUUUGACGAGUACCUGAUCAACACGUCAACUGAUUUUUUUAAUGUAACAUUUUAUACGACUGUUUUAACUGGAAAUAAAGAAGUCUGCUCUUUA